AUGGAUAGAAGGAACCAUACAGCAAUAAAAGAAUUCAUUCUUGUGGGAUUUUCUGAGGUUCCAGAACUCCAGCACCUACUUUUUGUGGUCUUCCUCUGCAUCUUUACAAUGUCCUUAUCGGCCCACAUGUUUCUGAUUCUUUUAUACCGAUUCAGUCCAAAUCUUCAGACCCCUAUGUACUUCUUUUUAGCUAAUUUCUCAUUUCUGGAAAUCUGUUACAUUUUAACUAUAGGUCCUAAUAUGUUAGGAAAUCUCCUCUCUGAGCACAAAAUUAUAUCUUUUUAUGGCUGUGCCCUACAGAUGUACUUGUUUCUCUUAUUUGCCGGGUCGGAGUGCUAUAUGUUGGCAUCAAUGGCUUAUGAUCGAUAUAAUGCUAUAUGUCACCCCUUAUUAUAUAGCAUUCUUAUGCAUAAAGCCACAUGUGUGCAGCUUAUAUGCGGUUCAUGGAUUAUAGGAAUGAUGGUUGCCAUAAUACAGACCAUGCUCAUGUUUUCUUUGCCGUUUUGUGGGUCUCAUGCAAUAAACCAUUUUUUUUGUGAUAUUCCGCCUAUUAUGGCACUAGCCUGUGCUGACACCCAGGUUCAUGAAGUUGUUACCUUUAUUAUUACAUUGUCUGUUAUUGUAGGAUCCUUUGUAUUAACCGUUAUUUCUUAUUCAAUAAUAAUAUUGACAAUUGUUAAGAGACAUUCAGCUUCGGGAAGGAAGAAAGCUUUCUCCACCUGCACCUCUCACCUCAUAGUGGUGACCAUAUUCUAUGGAUCCGGUAGUGUGAUGUACCUGAGGCCCAAAUCAAGUUAUGGUACAGCUGAGGACAAGUUUAUAUCGCUCAUGUAUGCUAUCAUUGCACCACUGUUAAAUCCCUUUAUAUACAGUUUCAGAAACAAUGAUGUGAUAUAUGCUGUCAGAAGGAUUGUGCAUAAUAUUAAACUAGCUUGA